AGAUCCCUGGAUCCCACUGCACUGGGAGGUACAGAUCCCUGGAUCCCACUGCACUGGAAGCUACAGAUCCCUGGAUCCCAGCGCACUGGAAGCUACAGAUCCCUGGAUCCCAGCGCACUGGAAGCUACAGAUCCCUGGAUCCCACUGCAUUGGGAGGUACAGAUCACUGGAUCCCACUGCACAGAGCUGCAAAACACUGGAUCCCGCCCCAGGGGCUGUGGGUAACUAGCAAGUGGAGUGACAGGUGGCCCUAUAUGGAAUUCAUACAAUUUGAGGAGUGACUGCUGACUGUUCUCCCAGUAAGAACACUAUGGAUUUCUGGUUUCUGCUCAUAUUUCUAGUAAGCAGUGCGAUAUGCCAGGAUGUGGACAAUGCAACCACCACCACAGUUGCUCCGACAUUCGCAUCCAAUUUUACAACUAGCCCAUCACAAUUAGCUCCACUUGUGAACGUGGAAAAUGAGCCUGCUGCCGGCUCAGCCACCGUGGAUCUGAAAUCAGAAGUUCCUUUCACAACCACAGCAGCUGUGAUGCUCGCCCCAACAUCAAAUGUUACACUCAGUAUCUCUACUCUCAUUCCCACAAAAAAUGAUUCUGAUCAAAGUAACCAGACUGACUUCACGAACAUCACGGCAAUUCCUACCACAGCAGAGGCCUUCGGAGGACCAACCACUGUACUCAUACCGGUGACGGAUGAAAAGACAACCACUGUAGAUGUGAUGGUUACUACAGCAUCAGAAAUAUCCACAAUAGAUGGUGUGACGUCUACAGGUGAGACAGAAGGUCAAGAUGAGACACCCAUUAUUGCAGUAAUGGUGGCCCUUUCAUCACUUCUUGUAAUUGUCUUCAUCAUCAUUGUUCUCUACAUGUUGAGGUUUAAGAAAUACAAACAGGCGGGCAGUCACUCCAACUCCUUCCGUUUGUCCAAUGGCAGAGCCGAUGAUACAGAGCCUCAGAGCAUGCCUCUUUUGGCACGAUCCCCCAGCACUAAUAGAAAGUAUCCUCCUUUGCCUGUUGACAAGCUGGAAGAAGAAAUUAACCGACGAAUGGCUGAUGACAACAAACUGUUUAGAGAAGAAUUCAAUGCUCUUCCUGCCUGCCCUAUCCAAGCUACCUGUGAAGCUGCAUCCAAAGAAGAAAACAAAGAGAAAAAUCGAUACGUGAAUAUUUUACCUUAUGAUCAUUCCAGGCUCCAUCUGACACCCAUUGAAGGGGUUCCCGAUUCUGACUACAUCAAUGCUUCUUUUAUCAAUGGAUACCAGGAAAAGAACAAGUUCAUUGCUGCACAAGGACCAAAAGAGGAGACGGUGAAUGACUUCUGGCGAAUGAUCUGGGAGCAAAACACAGCUACCAUAGUUAUGGUCACCAACCUAAAGGAAAGGAAAGAGUGCAAGUGUGCUCAAUACUGGCCGGAUCAAGGUUGUUGGACAUAUGGAAAUAUCCGAGUAUCCGUGGAAGACAUGACUGUGUUGGUGGACUACACAGUGCGGAAAUUCUGCAUCCAACAGGUUGGGGAUGUCACCAACAAGAAACCUCAGAGACUUGUCACUCAAUUUCACUUCACAAGCUGGCCUGAUUUCGGGGUGCCUUUUACUCCCAUUGGGAUGCUAAAAUUUUUGAAGAAGGUCAAGACAUGCAACCCCCAGUACGCAGGAGCCAUUGUAGUGCAUUGCAGCGCUGGUGUCGGGCGGACAGGAACCUUUAUAGUAAUAGAUGCCAUGCUGGACAUGAUGAAUGCGGAAAAGAAAGUUGACGUCUAUGGGUUUGUCAGUCGGAUUCGAGCUCAGCGCUGUCAGAUGGUACAAACAGAUAUGCAGUACGUAUUCAUAUACCAGGCACUCCUGGAACACUAUCUUUAUGGGGACACAGAGCUGGAAGUCACAUCUUUAGAUACACAUUUACAGAAGCUUUACAAUAAAAUUCCUGGAAACAACAGUAAUGGUCUGGAGGAGGAAUUUAAGAAGUUGACUUCUAUCAAAAUCCAGAAUGACAAAAUGAGAACGGGCAACCUACCAGCCAACAUGAAGAAGAACAGAGUCCUGCAGAUCAUUCCCUAUGAGUUUAACAGAGUAAUCAUUCCAGUGAAACGAGGCGAAGAGAACACAGACUAUGUGAACGCUUCCUUCAUUGAUGGUUAUCGGCAAAAGGACUCCUACAUAGCUAGCCAGGGCCCGUUGCGUCAUACCAAUGAGGAUUUCUGGAGAAUGAUCUGGGAGUGGAAAUCAUGUUCAAUUGUCAUGUUAACUGAGCUCGAAGAGCGGGGACAGGAAAAAUGUUCUCAAUACUGGCCUUCUGAAGGCACAAUGUCUUUUGGUGACAUUACGAUAGAACUCAAAAAAGAGGAGGAGUGUGAGAGCUACACUGUGCGGGAUUUACUGGUGACGAACACAAGGGAAAACAAGGCUCGUCAGAUCAGGCAGUUCCAUUUCCACGGCUGGCCAGAAGUUGGAAUUCCCACAGACGGGAAAGGAAUGAUUAAUAUUAUUGCUGCUGUACAGAAGCAACAACAGCAGUCUGGAAAUCACCCCAUCACUGUUCAUUGCAGUGCGGGAGCUGGCAGGACGGGGACAUUCUGUGCCCUGAGUACUGUGCUGGAGAGAGUGAAAGCAGAAGGAAUCUUAGACGUCUUUCAAACCGUCAAGAGUUUGAGGUUACAAAGGCCACAUAUGGUCCAAACACUGGAGCAGUACGAGUUCUGCUACAGAGUGGUGCAAGAAUAUAUUGAUGCAUUCUCGGAUUACGCCAACUUCAAAUAGAUCCUGGGGGAAAAUGCAACAAUGGCCUUCAAUAUUUUGUAAUAUUCUAUUUGUUAAUAUAUCUAGAUCAGUGUAUAUAUCUUAACUGUUUUAGAAGAUUGGUACAAUGUGCUUUAUAUUAGCUGGAGAUUUUAUAUGUAGCAAAGUGAUUUUAGUGCAGGUAGAUCUUUUCUUUAUUUUUUUUUAUUUUUUAUUUGAAUUUGUUUUCAUUUGGAUAAAAUAGCUUGAUGUUUGGAUUAAUUGUUUCAAAAUCAUUUCCCUCUCCCCCAACUUGCAAUUUUCUGUGUAUCCAUUUGUAACUGGGAGAAAAGCCUUUCGGAAUCUGUUCUAGAUAUCUUGAAGAACGAACAGCAGAAUGGCUCCACUGUGAUGAAUUUCUGCAGUUUCCAUCACUUAAAGUUGUUUUAUUCUGUAAAUAAAUAUAUAAAUAGAAAAUAUAUCAUAGAUUUUUGUAUGAAAUUACAAAUAUUAGUCUGGCAGUUAUUCCUACACACCACUCUGUUUUAACCUCUGAGCUGCUGGUGAAUCUUGAGUAUUUUGCAGUGGUGAAGUGGUUUUGGCCUUUAAUACUUUCGGUGGGACUUAUACUCCUGCCCCUAUAGGUACCGAAGGUUAACCUGCUGGUCUCUCACACUAUGGACUAUCUCUGAACAUUCCAAAUCCCUCCAGAGAGUCAGGAGCAGUCUGAAAUGUGUUAAUAAUCACCAUUACAUCAGUGUUAUAUAGCUCUGUUUAACAUAGAGUUCGAUGACCAUGAUUUGGUAAGGCUGUCCAAUUCAAGUCUUCAAGUGCCCGGGACACUACAUGACUUUAGACUAAUGCUUAGUGAUGGUCAAAGCCAAUUCAUGUUGACUAGAGAAGUCCUAAACCUCUGUUUGGAUUAUGGAUUAUGGACCAUUUGGAAAAGCAAAUUGGAUCAUCUGCGCUCUAGACUUUCGCAGCUCCAUGGUGGUGGUUGAUUGGACCUUGAUAUUUCAAGACAGGUUUUUUUUUUGUAAAAUAAAUAUUUACAUCAGAUUAGAAAAGUCUACUUUGCUUCCAGGGCAGCUAAGACAAACAUUAGAUUGUUUAGCAGCUGCCAUAAUUAUCUCCACCAAAAGAGUCUAGAAUUUGAUGUCUAAGGUGUGUUUUGUCUGAUCCUCCUGAACCUGUCAUUAUUCGGGUUGACUAACAAGACGUUUGUACAGUAUUACAGAAAGAAAAGGCCUCGCUUUAACAAAAUGAUGCUCCUUGCAGAGUAAUUUGUAAUGUUACUUUCUGCAUUGGACUCCUUAAGAACUACAAAACAAUGUUUAAUUUAGUUAUUGUGGUACCUAAUUUCACUCUGAAUAGAAUAAAACAUUUUAUUUCCUCCGGA